UCGCAAAUUAGAAAAUAAAGUGAUUCAUUUUGUGCAAAAUUUAAAAAUAUUAAAUUUCUGUGGUUAUUUAAGUAGUUAAGGCUUUAAAUAUAAUGGAUAAUCAAGGAAGAAACGUUAUUGUCUGCGACAAUGGAACUGGCUUUGUAAAAUGUGGAUAUGCUGGAAGCAAUUUCCCGGCACAUAUAUUUCCAUCGAUGGUUGGUAGACCGACAAUUAGAGCUGUAAACAAAAUUGGCGAUAUUGAAGUAAAAGACUUGAUGGUUGGCGAUGAAGCGUCUCAAUUGCGUUCAAUGCUGGAAAUUUCAUAUCCAAUGGAAAAUGGAAUGGUUAGAAAUUGGGAAGAUAUGUGUCACGUGUGGGAUUACACAUUUGGUCCGAAGAAAAUGAAUGUUGAUCCAGAAAAUACAAAGAUUUUGCUCACGGAACCGCCAUUAAAUCCACUAAAGAAUCGUGAAAAGAUGAUAGAAGUGAUGUUUGAAAAGUAUGGAUUUCAUUCUACGUACAUUGCCAUUCAAGCUGUAUUGACAUUAUAUGCUCAAGGAUUAAUUAGUGGUGUUGUUAUUGAUUCUGGUGAUGGUGUUACACAUAUUUGUCCUGUUUAUGAAUCAUAUGCAUUGCCACAUUUAACAAAAAGAUUAGAUAUUGCUGGUCGUGAUAUCACCAAGUAUCUCAUCAAAUUGCUACUUUUACGUGGCUAUGCAUUUAAUCAUUCUGCUGAUUUCGAAACAGUUCGAAUGAUGAAGGAGAAAUUAUGUUAUAUCGGCUACGAUAUUGAAAUGGAACAAAAGCUCGCAUUAGAAACGACAGUUCUUGUUGAAACCUAUGCAUUACCUGAUGGACGAGUUAUUAAAGUUGGUGGUGAGCGAUUUGAAGCACCAGAAGCUCUCUUUCAACCACAUUUAAUUAAUGUUGAAGGACAAGGAAUUGCAGAAUUAGUUUUUAGUACAAUUCAAGCUGCAGACAUCGAUAUAAGACCAGAAUUGUAUAAGAGAAUUGUAUUGUCUGGUGGAUCAACAAUGUAUCCAGGUCUUCCAUCUCGUCUUGAACGAGAAAUUAAGCAAUUGUACCUUGAAAGAGUUUUAAAGAACGAUAUUGACAAGUUAUCAAAGUUUAAGAUUCGCAUUGAUGAUCCGCCAAGACGAAAAGAUAUGGUUUUCAUUGGAGGUGCAGUUUUGGCCGGUUUAAACAAAAAUAAAGAUGAGUUCUGGAUGUCGAAACAAGAGUAUCAAGAAAUGGGACUUAAAGUCUUGACUAAAUGGGGUGCGCGAGCAUAAAAUACUAAUUCUUUCGCAAUUUUACGACUAUAAAUUCAUUAUUAUCCAAGUAUUGUCUUUCUUUAUCGAUAAUUUUUUUAUACUAAACUAAAUUUAUUAUUAUAAAGGAUAUAGAACAAGUAGCACAUUUCUGUAAUUUAGUGCAUUUUAAUGUGCAUUCCGAUGAAUAAAUUGUAUAAAAA